CCCCUUUGCAUUGCAGCUCCUGUAGUUGGAAUAGAGAAACACAGAGACACAAGUACUUUAGUUACAUUGUUGGGUGAGUUUGAAACAACUCCCCCUGCCUUGGGCUCACACACACUUGGACUGGAUUUCCUAUUCCCCCCGCUCCCGUGCGGGGUGCCUUCUGCUGCUGCGGAUUUUUAAAGCAAGGCAAAGCUGCAGUCUUUGAUUUUUUUUUGCCUGCUCCCCCCGUUCCCCCCCGCUCUCUUUUGCUUUGAUUUCUGCGCGCGUGUGUGUGUUUUGCCUCCACCGAUCUUCACAAAUCGUUUUGGCAUGAGUUAAACACCCGAUAUGGACACCAAACAUUUCCUGCCACUGGAUUUUUCUACUCAAGUCAAUUCCACGUCCCUGAACUCUCCGACUGGCCGGGGGCCUAUGGCCGCACCUUCCCUCCAUCCAUCCAUGGGGCCGGGCAUUGGUUCCUCACUGGGCUCUCCGGGUCAGCUCCAUUCGCCCAUCAGCACUUUGAGCUCCCCCAUCAAUGGCAUGGGCCCGCCUUUCUCUGUCAUCAGCUCCCCCAUGGGGCCUCACUCAAUGUCCGUCCCUUCAACCCCCAGCCUUGGAUUCGGAACCGGCAGCCCACAGCUCAAUUCUCCGAUGAACCCCAUCAGCAGCACAGAAGACAUUAAACCGCCCUUGGGACUCAAUGGAGUUCUUAAAGUGCCAGCGCACCCCUCAGGAACCAUGGCCUCCUUCACCAAGCACAUAUGCGCCAUCUGUGGGGACAGAUCUUCAGGUAAACAUUACGGGGUGUACAGCUGCGAGGGCUGCAAAGGUUUCUUCAAGCGCACGGUGCGGAAGGACCUCACCUACACCUGCCGCGACAAUAAGGAUUGCUUGAUUGACAAGCGCCAGCGGAACCGGUGCCAGUACUGCCGGUAUCAGAAGUGUCUGGCUAUGGGCAUGAAGCGAGAAGGGAUGGAGCACCAUCCAUCCCGGCCCACAAGACUUCUGGGAAGCCAAGAAGAACAAGCUGUGCAGGAGGAGAGGCAGCGAGGGAAGGACCGAAACGAGAACGAGGUGGAGUCGACAAGUAGCGCCAAUGAGGACAUGCCCGUGGAGAAGAUCCUGGAAGCCGAACUCGCAGUGGAGCCAAAGACAGAGACGUACAUUGAGGCAAAUAUGGGCUUGACUCCUAGCUCGCCCAAUGACCCGGUAACCAACAUAUGCCAAGCGGCAGAUAAACAGCUCUUCACCUUGGUGGAAUGGGCAAAGCGAAUUCCCCAUUUUUCAGAACUGCCGUUGGAUGACCAGGUCAUCUUACUCAGAGCAGGCUGGAAUGAGCUUCUAAUCGCCUCCUUCUCCCACCGUUCCAUAGCUGUGAAAGAUGGGAUCCUCCUGGCCACCGGCCUCCAUGUGCAUCGGAACAGCGCUCACAGCGCAGGAGUCGGCGCCAUCUUUGAUAGAGUACUGACAGAACUCGUGUCAAAAAUGCGAGACAUGCAGAUGGACAAGACGGAGCUGGGCUGCCUGCGAGCCAUUGUCCUCUUCAACCCUGACUCGAAAGGACUCUCCAACCCCGCUGAAGUGGAGGCUUUGCGUGAGAAGGUGUAUGCGUCACUAGAGGCAUACUGCAAACACAAAUACCCCGACCAGCCUGGAAGGUUUGCAAAACUCUUGCUUCGCCUCCCUGCCCUCCGAUCCAUUGGCCUGAAAUGCCUGGAGCACCUGUUCUUCUUCAAGCUAAUAGGAGACACGCCCAUCGACACCUUCUUGAUGGAGAUGCUGGAAGCGCCCCACCAAAUGACUUAGAGAAUCUCGGCUGGGUCAGUCCCGUCACCCAGCAGGGGCCGCAGCAGCCUCCUCCCACCUCCACUCUUCCUCUUCCUCCUCCCUCUCCCCAGUGCCGGAGACCCCAUUCGCUCUUCUCCGUCUGACCCAGGGGGACACCCCGUUGCCCCUUGCCUCCUCGUCACGCUGAUCUCUGCUCAUUUUGUCACCGCCGCAUCGAAGGAGCUGACGAUCGUUUUACUAUUUUAGAUGUAGAGAAGUGGGACGUAGCAUUUCAAAAGCAAACAACCCCCCCUGCUCCGCCUCCUGGCACACCUGAGUUUGAAGCCAAACUGAAGGCCAGGCUUCUCGGCUCCCUGCCUGCCUCUGCCGUAGUUGGGUUUGGAUUUCUGCAUGCGGCUGAGAUGGUUGGAAGCAGGCGGCGGGUGGAUCCCACCUAUAGGAACCCUGAGUGGCUGGGGUUUGGAUGGGCUGGGGGAGUGGUUUAAUCCUGCUUACCCACAGCUGGAUAUUUUCAGAGGAUGGAGUUUUUGAAAGAGGAAAGAAUAUAUAUUUUUGGUUUCUAACGAUUAGUAUUUACUUCUCUCAAGGAAAACCGCUCUGGAAUGGCCCCUGCCAUGUCGCGAAUGAGGAUCUUUUGCAGAGCCUUCUCUUUCAAAUGAAAAGCAGGGGAUUGUGGGAUUGUUCACUUAUCCCCUUUCCCCUCCCCAAAUUAAUGACCUGAACGGAGAAAUGACCGGUCACACCGAGAGACUGAGCCCCCCUCUGUGUGUGGAGGGCAGUGUGGACGGCGGUGACUUCAGUGCCCUGCUUUCCUUCUGGAAAAGCAACAGCGUGUCAUGAUUUUUCCAAAGAUGACUGUUCUCUCAGUUGUGGAGCUAGCCAAUCAAAACACAAACCAUCUGGAUUGCACAAGUCUGUAGUGGUUGCUUUAAGGCUGCAGUGAUUCCAAUUCCCACUCCCCUCGUAAGAGUCUUACUGGAAUCCCUACCUCUCCCUUAACACACAGGCAUUCGUCAUGACCCAUAACACUACGUGCAUUUCACAUUAUGGUGUCCCCGCACACUUGCUCAGGCAGGCCAAGCAAAGUAGUUGAUGUUAGUCAGAUUGUCAGGGGUUCUGGGAGCGUUUGCCUGGCGGUAGGACUGAUGGCCACUAGGAGCUCGGAAUGGGCGGAGUGGAGCGAAUAACCGAUUUUUCAGCUCACGCUCACGUCGAUAGGGCCUAAUUCAUCACCGUUUUGCACAAUCAUUGACAUCAGUGCAAAAUGUUACCACCCUCGUUUGACGAUUUGGCAGCACGGGUGUAAAUGACUGCCCAGGAUGCCAGGCAAUGAUAAAUUGAGCCCUAGGGCAGCACUUAAUUGGUGAGAUUGAUUGGUGAAGCGAGGGCUGGGCCUUCCCCAAAACUCUUCCCCAUCUGCUCUAGGUAUUGAUUUUUGUGGGUGAUUUGGUGCUCCCCACAGGGAUCAGGAAAUGGAGGUGCAGCCUCUGUCCUAGUGGCCAAAAAGGUGAUUUUCCAUUUGCUGAUUAAAUAUUAAAUUUACCAUCUCAGAAUAGAGAUUUCAAAGCAAUCCCCCCAUCCCCCUCCAAAAAAAUCCCCUUUGCUUUCUCCAUUGGACUCUCACACCAUUUUCUUAGAGCAACAUGUGAUGAGAAUUCAGGGACACCUCCGUUUUGGAAGGACCCGGGUGGGAAACCUUUGCCACGCCUGGGGAGAUAUCCGAGAACUGCAGGAAGCACUGAAGGGACCACUUCCCUUUGCAGUACCUUUGGCUGAUAGGCCAUGUUUCUGUGGUAAUUCUGAGGGAAGCUAUAUUAUAAAAAUUCGGCUCUAGCCAGGAAACAAAAAUGCAGUAAUUUUAGCUUGCUCACUCAACAAUCUCUGAUCUCUUGGACAGCGAGGUGGCUGGUGGGUUUUUAGGUACUUCCCUAAAUGCUUCGAUCCUAGAAACACCACCACUGAGGAGCAAUUACAUGCUGAUCAGAGAUACUAAUAAGAUCUUAUCCAUUAGAAAACAGGAUUGUUCCCUACAGUCUAGUCUGUCCAGUCCAGUUUGAAAUGACCCGAGCAACCAGGACUCCACCACUUCUCUUAGAAGGGAGGUUAUUUCACAGUCUGCUGGAUCUCACUUUUACGAUGUUUUUUCCAGCUCUUCAGCCUGUUGGCUGAUUGUCCCAGGCAGCAGGAGCCGCUUUAAAAAAUGUGUGGGGAAGGGGGAUCAAUUGUUUUGCUUUUACAGACUGCUGGCUUCUCACUUAAUCCCUGUGCAUUUGCCAAAACACAGCACUCCACAAACUCCAGAGAACGUCUUCAGGUUUCUUAGGGGGCAGCAAAUCAGCCAGGGAGCAGGUGUCGCCUGAGGCCAAGCUAGAAAA